AUUCUUCUCGCGAGGAAAUGCAGGAGGAAAACAUGAGGUCAUAAUUUACACGAGGCACAAAACAAAGCUAUGGAGGACCUUCAAGACUUGAGUUUCGGUGUUCCUAGUGCCAUGAGUCUCGCUGAUGAACUAAAGGAUGAUCUCUACUUCAACCUUCUGGAUGACUUCAUUGGAUCUCAGACUGGCGAAUCAUUGGGUUUGGAUGAGAAGCCCUGCACAAACCGGAUUCUGGUGCAAGUUGGCCUAAUGAGAGAAGAUAAUAAUGUUUCAUGGGUGAAUAUAGUAAAAUGGCUUCAGAAGAUUUUCCCAAUGUUUCAGUCUGCCGAUUUUCGAGGUUUGAUCGAAAGGAACACAGAGACAGCUAUGAGCUUAACUGGAGACUCUAGAGAGAGCUUUUUUGAGUCAGAUGUUAACUUUGAAUUUGUGGGACCGAUAUGUGAUAGUAUUGGCAUCAGCAGAACAGAUUUGCUUGAAAUGUCAGAUUUUUCUGAUCGUGCAAAGUUAACAGAUGUCACUAAUGGUUUGAUACUAGAACUGACCAGCUUUAUUGAAAGAGAAAAAAUCGAACCAGUUGUUCUAGUGUCAUGGCUUUGUAACUUCGACUCUGCGUUCUGCAGUGAUGGUAAAAUCCAUAAAGCCAAUAAACUCCUUCAAGCGAGUCUGAAAAGGUUCAGGAUACAGUGUCGAAAAAAUCAAACAAGAAGGAACAGGAGCAGUGGAGUGUAUGAUGAAUUCCUUCGGAGCCCUUUUGAGCUUACCCCUGAUCCCCUGGAAGACUUUGAAUACAGGAGGGUGUCGAUCAUCAAAGGGCAUUUGAGAAGAAAACGUCUUUUAUUCCAGAGGAAAGAGCAUUUCCAGACCACCAAGAUCAAGGAAGAAAGUGAACCAUUUGAUAUCUCGGACUCACAAGCACAAUACAGUCGAAAGACUGUUUCACGCGGCUAUGUGAAAAAGAAAUGUAAGCUGGAAUGUGACCAGACAUUUAGUCCAAGAACUUUGAAGAAAGUAGACGCUUUUCAUUGUCCGCCUAUUGAGCAGGCUUUGGAAGACGAGACCCAAGUUGAGACGGGUGAUUGUUUAUCCAUCCUCGAUAUCGCCGUGCUGUCUCUGCAAAAACUGACAGAAAUGUAUGGAGGAAGAACCGAUGGUGCUAAUCAAGUGUCUAUGGAUCUCCUCAAGAAUCAGUUUGAUCUCAUGUUGAAAGAAGAUCGUGACAUGCAGUCCCUGAACGAAAAGGUCUUGGCUUAUAACUCGGCUGAAAACCAAGUUGUGGCGCCUCCUUUGAAUUUUCUUCAUUGCAACAGUCAUUUCCUUCUCAACUUGAUUGAUUCUGUUGAGAAACAAAUCAUGUCAUUUGAAAAAGAAAUUGUGAGCACUACAGGAGAUACGCUCGGACGUGACAAAAACCCCAAAUUUAAAGGUUUUUUAAACUUCAAAGAGAGUGCGGUCACUCGGUACAUCAACAUGGCUUGUGAAAUCCUGUGUCCAAGAGGAGAAGGCAACAAUAAUUACAGAAAGCACUGGCUUGCCUUUUGCAUCGAGAGGAAUAACCCUUCCAGGCUACCUGUCAAUCAAUCUAAUAGGUUCAUUAACUAUUUUGAGGCAGCAGCUGCACUUGUUCAUCAUUACAGCGAUGUUGCAUUGUUUGUAUCUGACCUCCAGCUGCUAAAAGAUGACUUGAAUAUUUUUCUGGAGAGCAUUAAUUCUGAUGCUAGCGACGAGGCCAUACAGGCUCUCGUUUGUGUAGUGGCUAUUGUGCACUGUAAAGUCUUGGGUCCCUUUUGGCAGCUCCUGAAGAGUGACGCACAGUACGUGUUGUUCAGCAAGUACCUUUUCUGCCUUUAUGAGAAGCUUCUAGAAUGGUCCCGGGAUGCAUCUGUUGUCUUGCAACCCGAAGCUGUAACUAAUGUGUUUCUCCAGGUUCCAAUGCAGGAGAAGAAUUUUCCUGGGGUAUUUUCUUUCUGCCAUGAAAAUGCAAAUAACCAAUACGGCACACUAAUGAAGGAAUGCUUACAGAGGAUGAUGAAGGUAAUUGCAGCUGUGAUGGAGGAAAAUCUCAAAGACUUCUUACCUGGAGGUUUGUACUGCAAAGAUCCUUCUGAAGAACUCAAGGAGCAGUUCACUAGCUGCACAUUUUCCCAGUUGAUGGGCGAGUACGCGUUUGCUAAUGCGUAUUCCGACAACAAAAACGGACCAGGUAAAGCCCAAAUUAAGACCGAGGGUAAUGUGUUGCAUGAUUCAGAUGGCAGUGCCGCCAUCUCUUCUCUUCAGGAUCCUGCUGUAAAUAAAUGUUCAGAUUCAAAGCCUUAUAGCAUGUUUGAUCGAGCAAAUCUGCGACCGUUGACCAAAAAAAGGAAGAGAUUGAAUAAGUUGGCUGGCAAAAGGUGGCAAAAAGUGAAAGUGCAAGACCACAAUUACAGGAAAAUAGUAAUUGGUUCAGUCACAAAAAAUGGAGGCCCAUGUAAAAGCAUUGAAGACGUCGAUCGAUUGCUUAUGAGAAUGGAAGGAGCACACCAUAUUCAAAAGCGAGAGGCUGUCCGCUCGGAGUUAAACUACCAAAAGCAUGUUGUUGGUUGUAGAGACAAACGACUGAACCGCUUAGGCUUCUCUUUGACGGACCUGGUCAACAAACUGAAAGCCAUCUUGCCUUGUGAGAGUCAGUCCACGACCUUAAUCGCCAUGCCGACUAAAAAUGUUAUCUCUGUUGGUGGUGAGACAAAUCAAAGUAUUUCACAAUCGACACCUCAAGAACAAGCCACGAGUCAAGCAUCUGAGCCUUUCAACAGCCAAAUAGAUGUAAAGAAUAAAGGCAACUGUGCAAUUUUUCAGAGUUACAGAGAGAGAAUUUUUGAGGAGUUUUCACCCAAUUCAUAGAUUCAUGAUCUUGUUCACCAUUAUAUUGAAAAAGAUGGACAUCCGGUUUCUUUUUUGGGCAGGAAAAAAGCCCACUUAUACUAUGAAAAGGUUACAGUAUUGCCUCGGAUUUGCCCGUAUCAAGUUUGUUGCAGCUAAAAAGAAAUCAUGUAUCAUGUGCAUUUAUUUUUAUAGCUGACUUUUGCCGAUAUAGGUUUUAAAUAAACAAUUGUUUCACUCA